CUUUCACAAUUGUGUAGCGCUGUAUAAAUCUGCUCACGCGCAUAGCUUAAUUCACGUGGGUAGUCACAUUUCGUAAGGUUUUCAGUAGUCAUACGAAGUAUUGCUACUGGUAAUGCCUAAUUUUGUUAUUUUCACCUAAACGCUUUGUUCGAGUCUUGUCGUGUGGAACACGUCCUGCUUCAGCAAUAUGAUGCGUUCACUUUCCAGUCGCUCUUUACGUAGCGCGAAAACUGUGUUCAAGAAAGCUUUCUUAUCUCCUCGCGAACAUAUGAGCCUAGGUGGUGACUCUCGUGAACUUACGGGGUUCUUCAAUCCUGAAGCUCAUGGGCUUCGGAGUGACUUUCGUCUAACUAAAUUCUCAUUUUUGAGAGGAUGAGGUUGCAAAGUGCCUCAAGCUGAGCUGAAAAAGAUGCUUGAGGCACUGAACCAACCUCAGCCCUGCUCAAGUGCAGGGCAGAAACCGUUACUGGCAUUAGAACUGGAUUGCUGUGUGAUCCCUCUACGAAAUAACUUGAAACUUAUUCAGACAACUGACUUCUUCUACCCUCUGAUCGAUGAUCCUUAUACUAUGGGCCGAAUUACCUGUUGUAAUGUCCUGAGUGAUUUGUACGCGAUGGGUGUGGUUGAUUGUGAUAAUUUGCUUCUGCUGCUGGGUGUUCCACGUGAAAUGACCAAAGAAGAGCGUGAAAUAUCCAACUGUUUAUUGAUGGAGGGGUUCAGGGACUGUGCUUUGGAAGCUGGGACACAUGUUCGUGGUGGGCAAACUGUCUUGAGUCCGUGGAUGAUGAUCGGAGGUGUGGCAACUUCAGUUUGCAAUGAUUCGGAGUAUAUUAUGCCUAACCAAGCUGUCGUUGGUGAUGUUCUAGUACUCACUAAACCUUUGGGUACUCAAAUAGCUGUUUCCGUAUACUACUGGAUGUUAGAAGAGAGUCCAUCAUGGUCUGAAAAUUUAUGUAAUGUAAUCAGCGUAGAUAAAGUGAAGAGUCUGUUUCAUGCUGCCACCUUGUCUAUGUCUCAUCUCAAUCGUGCAGGUGCUCGACUGAUGCACAAACACCAUGCUCAUGGUUGUACUGAUGUGACAGGUUUCGGUGUUCUCGGUCACGCGAACAAUUUAGUCCAAGUUCAAGUAAAUGAUAAUUUAGCCUUCAAAAUUCAUACAUUACCGUGCCUUGAAGGAAGUUCAUUGAUUUCUAAGGCGUUAAACGAUCGACUGAAACUGCUUCAAGGUUUAUCACCAGAAACAUCAGGUGGUUUAUUAAUUGUCCUCCCUCGAGAAUCUGCUCAGGCUUUCUGUGAUGAACUAACUGCAGAAACUGGUUGUCCAUCGUGGAUAGUUGGAGAUGUAAUAGAAGCCAAUUCGAAAGAGGCUAGUCUCACACAGCAGCCAGAAAUAAUUGAUGUUCCACAUUCACAAAUUAUACCUCCUAAACGUUCAACUAAUAGCCAGUAACAUUCCAUCUACUUCAAUGAAACAGAUUGAUCACUCAUUGAUUGUAUGACGCUGGUGAUUGAAAAUGUUACAUGAUCACACAGCUGAUGAUAUCUGUAAAUGAGCUGAUACAAUCUGUUUCUAAAUAUUUUUUUCUGUUUGACUCUAUUCAUCUACCAAAAGAUUUUGUAAUGUUUCAUGAAAAUAACUUCAGUUUAUUUGUGCGUUCUGUGGUUUUUAAUAAGUCAUUGGAAUAGGAGAUAUACAUGUUCUCUGUGUUGUUAAAACGAAGUAUGAGCAUGUCUAUGGGAACUUAAACGUUAUGCUAAGUUUUUUGAUUCAAAAAAAGUACAGCGUACUGCCACAUUAACAUAUUUUUAUUACCCAACUUAGGAGGGCUAUACAGCCAAGUCCAUCUUUCUCCUGUGGUACAUCUUCACCUGGAUCUGGAGUAC